UUCCCUCACUUGGUGUUUUGAUGAUGAUGGUGGUGGAGAGCACUGUUCAAAACAGAGUUUUGCAGCUCAGUGAGUGCACAGCACCACCUGGUGGACUCAGAUCUCCAGAGCAGGUGACACUGACUGAAUCCCCCUCAAGAGACCUGGGUUUUCUUACCUCUGGAGGACCUGAGAGGGGGAAGUUCCCUGUGUCUGCACUAUGUUAAGGUUAACAUCUCUUAAGUCCAAUUCAUUGUGUGAAACCGUCAGCCAGUGCACACGAAAUCAGCUUGAUUGCAUGCCAACAAGAAGAUAAAAGGCUCGGAGUGUCCCACCUUCCCGAGGAGGAUGAUUGACGUUUUCGGAGAGGACCGAGGUGGGACUUGCGCGCUCCUUCUUCUCCAAUCGUGGCUCGAGGGGCGGAGGCUUUUCCAUCCAUACUCCGAUUAUGAGUCACUUACCAGACAUAAACGAAACAAUAACAGUUGGUGGUUACUUUGUAUCCCAAACCUUCACUGGCAAGUUGAGUCUCAACCGCAUCAACCUCUCGAGUAUUUCGGAGGUUUCGUAAGAGGAGCACAACGCGCUCCACUUUUAAUCAGAUUAGGAGCCUUUAAUGUUCAAUCCUAUUUUUUUUCUUCCCUACAGUAGCGGUGCAGGAGUGGCCAGAGCCAAAAGCAGCGAUUCAGAUCAGAUUUCACCUAAACCAGCUGGGAGAGAGACCGAGAGAGAGAGAGAGCAGAGAGAGGGUUUGUCAGUCUCCCUCCUCCCAAAUCCAGAAAAGCUUACCAAGGAAAAAGGAGGAGUGUCGGAGCAAAGAGAGACGCAGAGGAAUCCAGAGGAAUUUCCGAGGAUAUUUUGUCUUCUGUUUUUUCUCCCCUCUUGAUAUUAAAAUUUGAAAAAAAAAAGUUGGAGGCGAGGCAGCAAGGACCGUGGUCAAGGAUGGACGAGCAGCCUCGGUUGAUGCACUCCCACGGGGUAGGCAUGGCCGGACACCCCGGCCUGGCGCAGCAUAUGCAGGAUGGCACGGCGGCGACGGACGGAGAGGGAAGAAAGCAGGACAUCGGAGACAUAUUACAGCAAAUAAUGACCAUCACAGACCAAAGCUUAGACGAAGCACAGGCGAGGAAACAUGCACUGAACUGCCAUAGAAUGAAACCUGCUCUCUUCAAUGUCUUGUGUGAAAUAAAGGAGAAAACAGUGCUCAGUAUCCGAGGUGCCCAGGAGGAGGAGCCUCCAGAUCCCCAGCUGAUGCGACUGGACAACAUGCUGCUGGCAGAGGGCGUGGCUGGGCCAGAGAAAGGCGGUGGGUCGGCAGCUGCAGCAGCCGCUGCAGCAGCCACAGGCGGCGUCGGUGCCGACAACUCGGCAGAACACUCUGACUACCGGGCCAAGCUGUCUCAGAUCCGACAAAUUUACCACACAGAGUUGGAGAAGUAUGAGCAGGCGUGCAAUGAGUUCACCACCCAUGUGAUGAACCUGCUGAGGGAGCAGUCUCGAACACGACCCAUCUCGCCGAAAGAGAUCGAGCGCAUGGUCAGCAUCAUCCACCGCAAGUUCAGCUCCAUCCAGAUGCAGCUGAAACAGAGCACCUGCGAAGCCGUCAUGAUCCUGCGCUCACGCUUUCUCGAUGCCAGACGAAAGAGGAGGAACUUCAACAAACAGGCGACAGAGAUCCUGAACGAGUACUUUUACUCCCAUCUCAGUAACCCCUACCCCAGCGAGGAGGCCAAGGAAGAACUGGCCAAGAAAUGCGGCAUCACAGUGUCACAGGUAUCAAACUGGUUUGGGAACAAGAGAAUCCGAUACAAGAAAAACAUCGGCAAGUUCCAAGAAGAGGCCAACAUGUAUGCGGCGAGGACUGCAGUCAAUGCAACCAGUGUGUCAGCUCACGGCAGUCAGGCAAACUCCCCUUCAACUCCCAAUUCAGCAGGUGGAUACCCUUCGCCAUGUUAUCAGCCAGACCGGAGGAUACAGUGACAGCCUCGCAGCCAGCCAGAUGUACAGUCCACAGGGCAUCAACACAAAUGGUGGCUGGCAAGAUGCUCCGACUCCUUCGUCAGUGACAUCGCCCACAGAAGGACCCGGAAGCGUUCAUUCGGAUACUUCCAACUGAAUAUAUCCAUCUCUACACCUCAUCCACAAAAAAACAUGGACUGACCUUGCUAUUCACAGUAUUAAACAAAGGAAUUCACUGUCUCACAGUCUGGAGAGUUGCUGUGAAAUCCUUACUUCAAAAAAAAAAAGAAAAGAUAAUAUUUCCUCUGCUUACAACGUUGGACAUUUGGGAUACAAACAAAAAGUUUCACAAUAAAAAUCAAGACAAUACUGCAAACAGUGGAGACAUUUGUACAGAUUUCACAUUAUAUUCAGAGGGCUGGGGUUACUUAUUCACUCGUAAUGUUUUCACUCAUCAUGAUAAAAUGAUAUGAUAAAGUAAUGAAAAUCAAAUCAUUGGUUUUAACUGAAAAUACUUCAUUCUACCUCUCAGCCACUAAAAAAAGGAGAAAAAAUGUCAGUGACCAUUAUUUGUUUUGUAAAAAGGAAACUUUUGUCUUUGCAAGCAAGAGGCACAUCUUCUUACUUACAUUUUGUUGUCUCUCACCUAUUCUAUGGUACGCCAUUUAGACUUAAAUAUUGCUCAGUUGUUUACAAUGUGUGCUUGAUAAAAGUAUGUUCAUCUUCCCCUCUGUCUCCGACGAGUCAAAACAGAGUCCUGUCAGGAGAUUUUACCUCUAAGGUAGCCCUGUGAAAUAUGUUAUCUGUAAAACAAUAAAUAAAUACUUGUCAUCAAAUCGGACAAGCUUGACAUCAUUCAUUAAGACGGAGGACAUAUCAACUUAAAACAAAUUAUUUUUACACAACCUUUGGUUUUGGUUCUGCAGCAUAUUGGUAGAGUUACAGCCAACGAACUGUAGAAUUCUCUUGAAGCAGUUUUAUCUUUUUCUGUUUUUAAAUGACUUGAAUCCUUCCGGUUUGUUUUCUUUGUUUUCUACCAUCACCACUACAGAAGAAAACUUUUUUGACGAUGCCAAAAUGCUGAUGUAACCAAAACAAAAACUGUCAAAAAAAGUGUGUCAACAUGAAGCCAGUUUUAAUAUCUUUUUUUUUUCGCAUAUAUACAGCACUAUUUCUUUUUCUACUCAUUUCACUCUGGUGCUACAAUCAAGUGAAUAAUACUGUCCAGCCGAAAGAAAUAUGAGAGAAAAAUCAUUUUCUACACAAAAGAAAGUUUGUCAAGAACAUCUGUAACUGAGUUUGUUUUUCAGUACAUGAACCACAAUCCACUUAAACAGGGAAGUCAUUAUGCUAAUAGAGUUUUACGUGCUUACACAGUGGAUCCUUGCUCCUGAAUCUACAGCACAGGUCCAGAGAUGCUUGUAGCAUGGAGCCGCUGGUCAUGAAAGAAGCAUCUGGACGCACCUGAACCGCUGCUCAGCUGAGGACAUUUUAAUGUAAAGAAAAUGUUACGUUCCACAUUUGGUUGAAUUGUGUCCUCUCCUGGGCGUUCAUUUACACAUAAAUCAAUAUAUUAUUCUGCUGGUACUGCUUUAGUAACCCUAGAAUUGACACCAAACAAAUGUAGACAUUUGAACUCAUGCUUGUCUCAGUACUAUCAGACUGAUUUUUUUCAGUAUAAAACAUUUAUGAAGAUUGUAAAUGUUAACCAUUAAGCACUAAAGGAGGGACAAGUCAUUAUGUCAAAUAAUGUGUUUUCUGAGCAGUCUAACCUUGUUUAUAGGCACUUUUUAUGUUGUGUGGCCUAUUUGUUUUUUGUAUUUUGUUGUUUUUUUAUUGUUAUGCUUAAUGUAGGCUAUUACUUUUUGCUUUCCUACUCUCGUGAAUUAGCUCAUGAACUUUCAACAUGUGUUUAUGUGCACCAUUGUGCUUGACUUGCUUUGUUGGAAAGGGUUUUCAACACAUUAAAAAUGAUAUGUAAUACAGCGA